GCAGCAGCAGCAGCAGCGCCUGGGCCUGAACGGCGGCGGCCCCGGGCCGAGGCAGCGGCGGCGGCCAGUGGAGCGCGGGGGCCGAGCGGAGGGGCCGGAGGGAAGGCACGGAGGGAGGGCCCCGGCCGCCCUGCCCUCCGCCCUCCGCCGCCGCGCCCGCCCGCGCCCCCCUCCCCGCGCCGCCCGGCAUGGACGGCGGCGGGGGCGGCCCCGAGGGCACCGGCCUGGAUAAGAUGCUCGAGGGCUCCGCUUGCUGCCGAAGAUCCCUCCCCGCCCUGCCCCUGCCGUGAUCCCGACCCCCAGCCCAGCCAGGACCCCCGACCCCGCCGGGCUCCGAUGGAAGAGGCGCCGGGCCGGAGCAGCCCCCGCGAGCCGCAGCCCCGCGGGACGGAGGGCGCCCCAUGAGCCCCCCCAGAUGAGCCACGCAGCCAAGGGGGAGCCCCCCGGGGCCGGCAUGGCGCAGGAGGGGCCGCCCGCCUUCUACCCCAGCCAGGAGCUCGACCUGUCCACCAAGGUGUACAAGAGGGAGUCAGGGAGCCCCUUCUCGGUGCUGGUGGACAGCAAAGGGAGCAAGGGCCACCUCCACGAGAGGGAGGAGCAGCCGUUUUUCAGGGAGAGCAGAGCGGUAGGAGAGGUCCGGGCUGUGAAAGAAGACAGGGAAAACUCUGACGACUCUGAGGAGGAGGAAGAGGAGGAAGAUGAAGUGACUUACAAAAGGGAGCAGAUUAUAGUGGAGGUAAACCUUAACAACCAAACCUUAAAUGUGUCCAAAGGGGAGAAGGGUGUCCCCUCCCAGUCCAAAGAGACUGCUGUCCUUAAGAGCAGCAGUGAGGAAGAGGAGGGUGACAGUGGGGAAGAGGCCACGGAAGACAGUAAUGAUUAUGAGGAGAAUGAGAGGCAGAAGAAAAAGGAGAAAAGAGUGGAGAAGGUUAGUGUUGGCCAGAGGAGAAGCAGGAGAGCCGCCUCCGCCGCGGCCGCCGCCGCCUCCCCGGCGCCCCGAGCGACGCGGGGGCGCAGGAAGAGCGCGGAGCCCCCCAAGCGUAAGAAGAAAGCUGCAAAGGAGCCCAAGGCACCUGUGCAGAAAUCAAAGUGUGAAGAGAAGGAGACUCUGACCUGUGAGAAGUGCCCCAGGGUGUUUAACACACGCUGGUACCUGGAGAAGCACAUGAACGUCACCCACAGGCGGAUGCAGAUCUGCGACAAAUGUGGGAAGAAAUUUGUGCUAGAGAGUGAGCUGUCCCUCCACCAGCAAACUGACUGUGAAAAAAACAUCCAGUGCGUGUCCUGCAACAAAUCCUUCAAGAAGCUCUGGUCCCUCCACGAGCACAUCAAGAUCGUGCACGGCUACGCCGAGAAGAAAUUCUCCUGCGAGAUCUGCGAGAAGAAGUUCUACACCAUGGCCCACGUGCGCAAACACAUGGUUGCCCACACCAAGGACAUGCCCUUCACCUGCGAGACCUGCGGCAAGUCCUUCAAGCGCAGCAUGUCGCUCAAGGUGCACUCGCUGCAGCACUCGGGGGAGAAGCCCUUCCGCUGCGAGAACUGCGACGAGAGGUUCCAGUACAAGUACCAGCUGCGCUCCCACAUGAGCAUCCACAUCGGGCACAAGCAGUUCAUGUGCCAGUGGUGCGGCAAGGACUUCAACAUGAAGCAGUACUUCGACGAGCACAUGAAAACCCACACUGGAGAGAAGCCCUUCAUCUGCGAGAUCUGCGGCAAGAGCUUCACCAGCCGGCCCAACAUGAAGCGGCACCGGCGCACGCACACGGGCGAGAAGCCGUACCCGUGCGACGUGUGCGGGCAGCGCUUCCGCUUCUCCAACAUGCUCAAGGCGCACAAGGAGAAAUGUUUCCGCGUCACCAGCCCCGGCACCAGCCCCGGCCCCGGCCCCGCCGGCCCCGCGCUGCUGCCCGGGCCCUGCCCGGCCCCUCCGGCCGCGGGCGCCGCGCUGGGGCUGGGCCCGGCCGCGCCCCCGCGCCCCGUCCCGCACCCCUACGGCGCCCUGGCCCUGCCGCCCCACGGGCACCACCCCCACGGGCACCACGCCCAGCACCUGCCCGUGCCCCCCGUGCCGCACCUGCCGCCGCCGCCCGCCCUGUUCAAGAGCGAGCCCCUGAACCACCGCGGGCACGGCCACGGGCACGGCGCCGACGGCGGCGGCGGCUUCCUGCGGCACCUGGACAAGGGCAGCCCGGCACAGCCGCACUGACCCCGGCGGGGAUCCAGGUUUGGGGGCCGGGAUGGGGUCUGGGACGGGCUCUGGGAUGGGAUUGGCGCGGCUCCCCGCGGGCUGGCAGCUGUGCGCCCGGGACCCGGGUUUGGGGUCUGGAAUCUGGCACGGGAUCUGCCGCGGGGGAUUGAGCCGCUGUGGGCACGGCUCCCCGCGGCGCUCGGGGGCUGGCACGGGGUCGGCUCUGGGAUCCCCGGGUUUGGGGUCUGGGAUGGCAUCGAGGCCCCGGAGCGCAGCGGGCGCUUCCCGUGGCACCUGGACGAGGCCAGCCCGGCACGGCUGGGACCGGGCACCUGGGAUCCGGGUUUGGGAUCCGGGAUCUGCUCUCCUGCCGCCCCACUUCGUGCUUGGGGUCAGGGUUUGGGAUCUGGGGAUCGAGCCCCAGAACCACCUCGGGCACGGGCACACGGACAGGGGCUGGGGUGGGAUCCAGGCUGGGAGCUGGGUCUGGGAUCCAGGAUCCAGGAUGGGACCUGAGAUCUGCCCUCCUGCCAGCCCACACUGUGCUUGGGAUCUGGGACCCAGCUUUGGGAUCUGGGAUCCAGCUUUGGGAUCCGAUCUGGGUCUUGGAUCUGGGAUCCAGCUUUGGGAUCCGGGACCCAGCUUUCAGAUCUGAUCUGGGUCUGGGAUCUGAUCUGGCUCUGGGAUCCAGCUUUGGGAUCCAAUCUGGGUCUUGGAUCCAUGAUCCAGCUUUGGGAUCCAGGACCCAGCUUUGGGAUCUGGGAUCCAAUCUGGCUCUGGGAUCUGGGAUCCAAUCUGGCUCUGGGAUCUGGGAUCCAAUCUGGGUCUGGGAUCUGGGAUCCAAUCUGGGUCUGGGAUCCAGGAUCCGGCUCUGGGUUCCGAUCUGGGUCUGGGAUCUGGGUUCCGAUCUGGGUCUGGGAUCUGGGACCCAGCUUUGGGAUCCAGAAUCCAGACCUGGCAUCCAGCUUUGGGAUCUGGGAUCCACUCUGGCUCUGGGAUCCGCGCCGCUCCUGGGCCGAGCUGUGCCCGAAGCCCCCGGGUCACUCACGAGGAGCCCCCAGGACUGAAAUGCCCCAAAUUUGUGUUUCCCCGGUGACUUUUCUAAACCCCGGCUCCCGAGCCUGGUGGAAUUUUCUAAUUUCAUAUCAGCUGACGAGGUUUGCUUGGCUUUUAUAUCCUGGCCCUCUCCUCAAAGAGGAGGCGGGCCCGGGCUCUUUGUACUAAUGGGAAAGGCUGUGAGUUAAUUAAUACAGAGCAUUAAUGAUCACUGUGUACGUAAUGAUUCCUUUCAGCACCCCGAGCUCGGAGCAUUCACCCAGAAAGGCAAAAAAAAAAAAAAAAAAAAAACCCAAAAAAAGGCAAAAAAAAAAAAACCAACAAACCCCCCCUCCCUGUUGUUUUUGUGUAGCUCUCCUAACACACUUCUUUAUUUUACUACAGAAAUUAUUUUAGAGGUUUUUUGUAUAGAUCCUAUUUAGUAGAGUCUGUUUCUAAAACAAAAAAAAGCCAAAAAAAAAAAAAAAAAAAAACUUGAUGAUGAUAAUAAUAAUAAUAAUAAUUGUAUUUCCAUAAACGGUGUAAUUUUUUCAGUGUAGCUGCACCUCUGUUGUACAAUAGAGAAAUUUUUAUAAUCAGCCCCAAUGUGAUUCCUCAAAGAUGCUUUUCCCAAAUUCCCCAACCCCACGACUCCAAGGUGCUUCGGAGAAGAGAGGAAAAAAAAAAAACCCAGAGGUCUCUGGAAAAGUCACCCCGAAACCGGCGGCGAUUUCUGGAUUUAAUUUAUUUUUUGGGUGUUUUUUUAAACUUUAUUUCCCUUUUCCCGGUUUCUCCUCAGCUGUUGGGGUCAGAUAUUCCUGCUGGAUGUGGAUCCAGGAAUGAACGGACAGGAAUUUUAUUGGGAGGGAGAUUCUGUCCUGCAAACUCGGGAAAUUUGGGAAUGGGAAGUGCAGGAAAAAGCGGGAUCUGCCAGCGGGGGGAAGCGACGUCUCCCGAGUGAGGCAGGGAUUUAGGGAUGAAUCCAGUGCUGCUGUCCGGAUUUAGGGAAUUCUGGAAUUCCUGGAGAGGGGAAUGCAGUGGGAUCAGGGAAUUCCUGGAGAGGGGAAUGCAGUGGGAUCAGGGAAUUCCUGGAAUUCCUGGAGAGGGGAAUGCAGUGGGAUCAGGGACUGGGAAUUCCUGGGGGAGGAUCAGGGAUUGGGAAUUCCCGGAAUUCCCGGGAGCUCCUGCCUGUUUUUUGGGAAAUUUUGGGAUCAAGCUGUGCCACAGCCCUGGAUGUUCCAGGGCAGCUCCAUCCCAGGAAUCUGGGAUGGUUUUGAGGGCCAGAGCCGGGGAUUUUGGGCAAAUCCAGGUCCGGGACAGGGAGCCGGAGCCAUUCCCGUGGGAAUUGCCCCAUUCCAAGGGCUGGGAUCCCACGGGGCUCCCUUGGAGCCCCUCACGUUGGGUUUUCUCCCACUGGAUCCCCCCUGGAUCCAGGAAUUCGCUCCUGCUGCCAGAGCAGUGCCCAGCAAAUCCCAAAUUCCUGGGAAUUCCCGGGAAUUCCUCCUCUUUGAGCUCCUUUUCCCGCCCCAAUCCCACCGAACUCCGCGCCCGGAGAUCCCCACGGGGCGAGUUCUGCCCUGCUCCUGGCCUUUGGGAUUCACUUUUAGCCAGAAAAGGCGGAAUUCUCCCCCAGGACAGCGCCGGCUUGGGAAAACCUCUGGGAUUUGCUCCUCCCUGGAUGUUUUCCUAAUCCUGGAGUUGGGGUUUCCGUAACGUUGGAAACUUCGGGGCCGUUUUGGGCCCGAACCCCUCGUUUUUGGCUGAGCUGAAAGCCCCUCCUGAUGAAAGAAAUGUCAUUUUCCAACCAUUUCCUCCAGAGUAUUUAAAUCCCCCUCUUCCCCUCCGGCAGGAAAAAAAUUCCAAUCCUGAAUUCCCAACCGUUGCAAUUCCCUGGAAUUCCCUGCAUCCCCCCCCCCCCUCCUGCAGCCUCCAGUGGUGCCACAAUUUCCUGCUCAGGAUGAUCUGGGAUAAUCCGAUUUUUAAACGCCGAAAAACCCCAAAACAAACAAUCUGUGAUUUGUGUUCCGGGUUCUACAAAGCCGUUUUUCCUCCUCAGUAAAUUCUCCAGCAUUCCAAGCGGCUCUUCCAAGAAUUCCAGAGUCUGGGACGUUUUUGUUUUUUUUUUUUUCCUGCUCUUCAGCUCCGCUCUGUAUCGGAUCAUUCUGAGAAUUUAUGAACUUCCUUUCUGUGGAAGAAGAUUAAAAAUUCCAACCCCUGUU